GAGCGAGGAGACACCAACUGAACAAGUGUUGGCCACGGUACAACUAAACAAUCUGCAUCUGCAGAUAACUGUGUGUCAUUUAUUCGUCACCAAUAAUUAAUUAACACAUUUUUUGAAUCCAUUUAAAUGUUUUGCCACUUAUCUAAUGAGCUCGUUAUAAAUUCAUUACGAGACUUCUUAUCAUCAUUUAUUGGAGUUCAUAUCAAAACAAAGACGUCCAUUUACUCGACAAACAUAGAAACUAUUACAGAAUAAACAUAAUCGACGAACCAAUCGUAGCAUUUAGAUACGAGUCAUAUCGCAUCGUGGUAGCAACCUAUCUGGGCCGAACGAUCGCGGCCCGCGCCUUCAUUGUCUCACAGCAGUGGUGAAACUAGAUACAGGGUGCUUGGGCGCAGAAGGACGUGCUGAUAACAGAUUACAGCGUCACCAGUAUCAGUUGAUCCUCCGACGCGGCAGGAGCUCCUCACCGCCCGCCUCUGCUCUUGGCGACAUCGCGACAUCUGACUGACUGUGCCUGCGACUAAACUAAUUGAAUCAAUUCAACGAAUGUCUUCCGUCGCUGAUUGCAGCUCCCUAGUAGUGCCCUCUCCGUGUCAUAUUAGUGCACCGCGAGAUUGGACUCUAUCCGCAGUGUUAGUGUUGUGAAUAGUGCUGGUGAUGUGAUACUUCCACAGCGCCAAUACCUGGACCUGGAUAUAGUGCAAAUCUCUACUUAAGGCGCAAUGAACAGAAUAUUUGAGAGACUGUUUCUGGCGGUUCUGCUGUGUGUGUAUAACACACAGGGCAAGGAGAUGACGGAGAUUGAGGCGUUGGGCGCGCAGCCCACACACUGCACCUACGAAUACGCGUUCGAAAUGUACGGUGCGCACUGCGCGAGCCGGCGCCUCAGCAAGAUACCCAAACUGAGGAGUGGAAUUGAGAUCCUGGACUUCAGCGACAACAAGCUGCAGGAGCUCAAUGCCGACACGUUGUCUAGUUACACGAGCAUCAAGUUCCUGUACCUCGCAGACAACCACAUUUACCUCAUAGAAGAGGACGCGCUCACGUCCCUGACAGACCUGCAGACGUUGGAUCUCACCAACAACGUCAUACUAGAAUUGCCCAACUCAAUAUUCCAACUACCGUCCCUAAGAAAACUGUACCUGAGAGCCAAUCCAAUUUUCUACAAAACUUUGAACGCCCUCACAAUAGUGAAGCCGAUUAAAGCGCCUCUGGAACUCUUGGACAUAUCAGACUGUAAGAUAAAGGAACUGCCAGAUUGGGGCUACCUGCCGCAGCUCGUGUUCUACAACAUCUCACACAAUCCACUCGCUUCUCUCAACACGCACCACUUCGCUUCCAUGUGCAAUCUUGUGAAGGUUGAUCUGACCGAAUCCUUAAACAGCUUAAAGCUGUGCGGCGUCAGAUCUACAAUUCUUUGGUUUCAACAGAAAAGAGUGUUUUUCCAGUUGGAAGAUUACUCUAGACUCAAUACUAGAGAGUUCGAAAACUGUCCGGUACCAGAAGACGACGGAUCUCACAACGCCACCUUCCAUCGAUGUAAAGCAGAAUAUUUGCAGGUGCAAAGUAUAAGAACGUCGCGUCGCACGUGGCUGACAAUAGGUGGGGGGCUGGCGGGCUUCCUCGUCGGCUUCAUUCUGCUGCUGUACGUGAUGCACCGGCACAACGUGGCACAGACCAAGACCAAGGCCGAGAAGAUCAAGCACGCCACUCCGGCUGACGCCGACAAAAAUGCCAAUGCAGUCCUCCUUAGCGACGUGGCGUAGUUACAAACAGCGUCACCUAUUUAUAUUCUUGCCUAUAACGUGCCUGAUAAUACGGCAAUCAUUUCAAUGCCUAGUACGCAAUUCGUAAGACAGGCGUACAGAAGUUGCUAAGCUUGAUAACAAAAGUGAAAUGUCGAGAUACGUCCGCCAUGAUUGCGAUUGACGAUUGUAAUACGUCCAAUCGGCUAUUUAUAAAUGGUGAACAUUCAGGGUAUUUAUCGAACCAAAGAAUAUUUGGCAAUAUUUUAAAAUAACACUUUACGUAUUUAAGUGGUUUGAAUGUAUAUUGUGCUUGUGCUUUGUCUGUUUGAUGCGGUGCUUUAGCGACAAACCUACAUAUUGUCUAACAUUAAAAUACAUUUGUUUAUUUAAUUCAGCACUAGCUUAGCCUUACUGAGGAAUAUCUAAUAUUCAUAUGAUUAGUGACAGCACGC